AUGUCCCAACAAGGGCCGGCUUUCGACGUCAACGCCAUGACCCUCACAAGAUGGGUCUUGGCGCAGCAAAGGACGGCGCCCGCGGCAACGGGCGAUUUGACGUAUCUAUUGAACUCCAUACAAACGGCCGUCAAGGCCAUUCAGUCGGCCGUUAGGAAAGCGGGUAUCGCUAAACUGCAUGGAAUAUCGGGCGACACGAAUGUCCAAGGCGAGCAAGUGAAGAAGCUGGACGUGCUAUCCAACGACCUGUUCAUAAAUGUACUGAAGUCCUCCUUCACCACUUGCCUCUUGGUGUCAGAAGAAAAUGAUUCUGUCAUUCAGGUAGAGACUGAAAAGCGUGGAAAGUACGUAGUGUGUUUCGAUCCCUUGGACGGUUCCUCCAAUAUUGACUGUCUUGUCUCAGUUGGUUCCAUCUUCUCCAUUUACAAAAAAACUUCGGAUGGCGAACCGACGGAAGCAGACGCACUCCGACCUGGAAGGGAGCUGGUCGCAGCUGGCUACGCCCUAUACGGCUCCGCCACCAUGAUGGUGCUGGCCCUCGGGAGAGGGAAGGGCGUGAACGGCUUCAUGUACGACCCCUCCAUAGGGGAGUUCAUCCUGACGGACCCCAACAUGCGUGUCCCCGAGAAGGGGAGUAUCUACUCUAUUAACGAAGGUUAUGCGGCGGAAUGGGACAGCGGACUGAAAAGCUACAUCGAGGCAAAAAAACUACCAAAGACGGGCAAACCGUACGGAGCUCGGUAUGUGGGGUCGAUGGUGGCUGACGUGCACAGAACUAUAAAAUAUGGCGGCAUUUUCAUGUACCCGGCUAUGAAAUCGGCGCCUAAUGGAAAACUCCGUCUCCUGUACGAAUGCAAUCCGAUGUCAUUCAUAGUGACGGAAGCCGGGGGCCUCGCCACGAACGGCGAGAUUCCAAUCCUGGACAUUCAGCCGACGUCGAUACACGGACGAGCGCCUUGCUAUUUGGGUUCGAAGAAAGACGUCGAAGAACUCCUGCAAUACCUCGCCGCG